CGCGAGAUGCUCGACGAAAAGUCGGCAAAGAUACUGCAAGGCCGUAAACCACUCGAGCCGCUCCUCUCUCCUCUCCAUCUCUUUCCACACCCUCUCUCCAGCGUCUAUCGCAAGCGAGUGUGCAAAAGCAGGAGUGGGACUAUCGACUAAAACCCACCCCUUCAUUCCGGUUCCUUCGCCAGCUCGUCGGCCCCGACCUGUGUCUACCCGUUCGCCCGACCCCGACUCCGGUCGAGUGACACAUUCAUUCCCAUCAUGUCCGACAACCAGGCCAAGCCCGAGGCUACGCCGGUCGAGGCUCCCGUUGAGGCGCCCGAGGCUACCGAGGCCGAGCAGGCUGAGCAGCAGCCCCAGCAGCCCCAGCUCCCGCCCGUCGCCGUCCACUUGCCCACCCCGAAGAACGCGCGUACCCUCCCCAAGCCCCAGGAGGGCGAGUCGUUUUCCAAGCUCAGCCUGUACUCGCAGCCCUCUGAGACCGUGCAGGAGAUCAAGCUGGCCGUCUCCGAGUGGGUCGGCGGGUACUGGCUCGGCCCUCACUCGCUCCGCCUCCCCGGCAAGGGCGAGGACGUGCUCUCGACUUCCAAGGACGGCAUCGAGAUCCGCGCCGGCGACAAGCUCAGCGACUUCCUUGAGCUUGCCGAUGUUUUCGCCCACCUUCCGGAGGACGGAGAGCGGACGCUCGACGUCGUCCCCGAGCCCUAUUCGGAGUCGUCGGCCCGCCAGGCUGUUAUCCGCCUCCUUGAGUUCAUCGAGCCUGCCGGGACUACCGUGAACAACCUGAGCACUCCGCUCGGCGUCGGUGCCGGCGCCUCCAUUUUUGAGGAGGUCCGCACCGGCUCGCUGUACGCCGGCGACUCGCCCAAGGACGCCGAGGCCAAGGCCAAGGCCGCCCAGAAGGAGGCCGAGAAGAAGGACAGCAAUGAUGCCAAGGACGCCGAGGUCACCGAGCACGCGUUCUCGGACUGGACCCCGGCCUCCAACGGCCUCCCCCUCUCCAAGCUCCCCGUCUCGCAGGCACCCGUCGAGGUCAACGCCUGCCUGCGCUCGAUCCAGCUCUCGCCCUUCAACCCCCCUCCCGCCCCGCUCCGACAGAAGGGCCACCAGCUCUACCUCCAGGUCUCGAUCCUCGAGGGCGACGUCUUCACUCUCGUGUGCACGACCCGCGGGUGGUAUGUCUCCAAGUCGAACGUCAACAACUUUGACCCCACUCCGCGCGACGGCUCGGUGACCCACUCCCUCUUCGACCUCCUCCACUCCCUCUCGCCGCUUUUCACGGAGCGCCUCUUCGCGCUCCCUUCGCUCUCGUCGACCGCGCCUGCCCGCGACCCCCUCUCGACCGUCGCUAUCCCUCAGGCCGAGCCCGCGUUCCCGUGGAUCAUCGCCGAGCCCAAGCCAGCGACCGGCCCGGAAAUCCUCCGCACCCAGCUCGCGUACCUCCACUCGGGCGCGACCUCAGCUGAGGGCCUCGACAGCGCCCGUGACUGGAACGAGGAGAUCCAGGGCGUCAAGGAGCUGCCCCACUCCACCAUGCCUGAGCGUGUGUUCCGCGAGCGCAUGGCGCAGAAGACCUGGGCCGAGUUCACGCAGGCGUCGAUCCGCGCCGCGAUGAACGUCGCCCGCGGCGACAUCCUGCCCCUCAACCCCAACGAGCCUGCGCGCCAGCACAUGUGGCUCGUCUCGAACAUCUUCGUCACCAAGGCGGUCGACUCGAUCGGCGCGUACUCGCACGUUGGCGGCGACGCCGCCGCCCACGUUUCGCACGCCAAGGACGCUGAGGGUGUGCGCCUGCUCAACCGCCUCGACAUUGACGGCGCCAACGUCCUCGGCCACACCGUUGUCGACUGGCAGGGCGACCGCUGGAUCUGCCAGAGUGUUCUCCCCGGCAUUUUCUCGCGCCGCGACCCCGAGGCUGAGGACGAGGCUGAGACCGAGCCCAAGGACGAGGAGAAGAAGGAGGACUGGGUCAAGGUCGAGGGUGACAAGGAGGAGGAGCCCGCGCUCAACCCCCUCAUCAUCUACGGCGCCGACUCGGAGCAGACCACCACGCUGCACUGGGACGAGGCGACCCACAAGGUGAUGCAGAAGAUCGCUGCGCACCAGCGCCUCGCACCCCACAAGCUCCAGGCUGGCGACAAGGAGUACGAGUUCUACGCCUCGUCCGAGGUCAAGGGUCUGCGCGGCUCGGAUGGCCGCCGUUACUUCCUCGACCUCCCGCGUCUCAGCCCCGUCGACAUUGAGUGGCUCGAGAAGAACUACGAGGGCAAGCUUGUCGGCCCUGGUGCCGAGCAGGCCGACGCCCCCGUUUACCCCCACCGCAUGACGCUGCUCCGCCCCGAGCUCAUCGAGAUCUUCUGGGAGAGCGAGCUCAAGCUCUGGGCGCGUGAGAUCACCGCCAAGAAGCAGGCUGAGGAGGCGGAGAAGGCCAAGGCUGAGGGCGAGAAGUCUGAGAAGGCUGAGGCCAAGGAGGGCGAGGAGGCCAAGGAGCAGGAGAAGGCCGAGGAGAAGACGGACGCGAUCGACCCCGAGACUAUCGCCACGCUCAAGGACUUUGAGCUCCGCUUCAACCCCGACGCGUUCGUCGACUCGCCUUCCGAGGACGGCCAGACGUUCGGGCCCUCCAAGUACACUGACGAGAGCGACCCGGCCAUUAAGUCUGUGCGCGAUGCGUCCAAGUUCCUGCGCGACAUGAGCAUCCCGGCCAUCGUCGUCGACGUCCUCACCGGCUCCGCUUCGGGCGUCAUGGACGGCGCCUCGCUCACCCGCAUCAUGCACGCGCGCGGCAUCAACAUGCGCUACCUUGGUAUCCUCGCCGCUGCCAUCGACAACUUUAGCAAGAAGCCCGAGGGCGAGUCCAAGGAGACGCAGGGUCUUCUCGGCGCGCUCCGCUCGGUGGUCAUCCAGGAGAUGGUUUUCCGUGGCGCCAAGCACAUCCUCCGCGACCUCGUCCGCGGCUUGCUUCCCGAGCAGGUGCCCAACGCCAUUUCGCACUUCCUCAACUGCCUCCUCGGCACCGACUACAACGCCUCGCCUAAGGCUGUGUACGAGCAGUUCGAGGUCGGACCCUCGGCCGAGCCCGCCUAUGUCUCGCUCACCCCCGAGUCGCUCCGCAAGCAGAUCGUCUCCGAGGUCGAGACCCGCUUCCGCUGGAAGCUUGACGAGGCGAGCCUCACCUCGGGCCUGCGCAAGCCGCAGCUGCUGCGCGAGCUGGCGUCGCGCUUCGCCUUCCAAAUCGCCCAGCGCGACUACGCAUUCGACGCAUCGUCCGAGGCAGCCGCCGUCAACGGUGACUCCGACAAGGCCGUGUCGAAGAAGAAGAAGGGCAAGUCGGCCGGCCCCUCGAAGCGCGUUACCACCUUUGAGCCCGCCGACGUCCUCACUCUCCUCCCCGUCGUGAUGUCGACUGCGCCGAGCGUCGCCGUCGCCGAGGAGAUCUUUGAGGCCGGCCGCGCGACCAUCAACCGCGGCGACAUCGACAUGGGCCUCGAGUUCAUGCUCGAGGGCGUGCAGCUGUACGAGUCGAUCCACAGCGUAAUCCACCCCGAGGUUGCCGCCGUGUACCACCAGUACGCGAGCACGCUGCACCAGCUUGCGCGGAUUAAGAUCCAGCAGAUUGCUGCGUCGGAGAACGCGGACCCCGAGCAGCCUUUGGGCUUGGACAUUGCGACGGCGCUCAAGCUGCAGCGGCACGCGGUGCUGAUCGCGGAGCGCACGCUCGGCGUGUACCACCACGACACGGUGGCGUACUACUUCCAGCUCGCGAUGCUCGAGAACCUCGAGGGCAACGCGCAAGCAGCGCUGCGCUACUUCCGCCACAUCCUGAUGCUGUGGAACGUCAUCUACGGCGCGGACCACCCGGAGAUCAACACGCUGCUCUCGAACGCCGGCAUCGUGCUGCAGUCGCUGAACCAGCACCAGCUCUCGAUCGCGCUGCUGCACGAAGCGGCCGAGCGCAACGCGGCCCAAUUCAGCCGCAAGCACGUGCAAUACGGCAACGCGCUGCACCAGCUCACGCAAGCGCACUUCCUCGGCGGCGACUUCGCCGCCGCGCUCGCGAGCUCGGAGGGCGCCCUCGCCAUCUUCACGGACGUGUACGGCGCCGAGCACGCGCAGACCAAGGAGGUCGCGAAGAACGUCGAGCUGCUCAAGGCCGUGAUCGAUAACGUCGAGCGCCAGAAGCAGGAGCAGGAGCUGCUGCGCCAGCAGCAGGCCAGCCGGCUGCAGGCCGCGCAGCGCGGCGUGCCCCCGCCCCGCAAGGUGCUGCCAGGCGGCACGACGCUGACUGCCGAGCAGGCGGCGCAGCUGGCUGCGUCCGUGCGCGCCGCCGCGGCCAAGCAGGCCGAGGAGGCUGGCGCGGCCGGCGCCGCAGGCGAGGGCGAGGCCCCCGCCGGAAGCAUCAAGAUCGGCGAGCGCGGACACAUGGACGUAGACGAGCUCGUCAAGUACAUCCAGGGCGCGGUGCCGUCCAACAAGCCUGCGCGCGGCGCAAAGAACCUGCGCGGCAAGCGCCGCACCGGCGCCAAACGGUAGUCUACUUAUCCAUAUCAUAGCAUCACCACUCGUUGCAUACCCAAUCAGCAGUUUGAU